AUGCUCUCAAGGCUCGUAUGCUCCCAAGGCUCGUAUGCUCUCAAGGCUCGUAUGCUCCCAAGGCUCGUAUGCUCCCAAGGCUCGUAUGCUCUCAAGGCUCGUGUGCUUCCAAGGCUCGUAUGCUCCCAAGGCUCGUAUGCUCCCAAGGCUCGUAUGCUCCCAAGGCUCGUAUGCUCUCAAGGCUCGUAUGCGCUCAAGGCUCGUAUGCUCUCAAGGCUCGUGUGCUCCCAAGGCUCGUAUGCUCUCAAGGCUCGUAUGCUCUCAAGGCUCGUAUGCUCCCAAGGCUCGUAUGCUCCCAAGGCUCGUAUGCUCUCAAGGCUCGUGUUGUAUUCUGGACUCAUACCGGACGCCCCUUGGACGUAG